CUUUGCGCAAUCUGCACGGUCUUUAAGGCACAGCCGGAACACCUCAACCUCAUCAACCGCUUCUUCCGCUCCGUCUGUCGGUCCAGUGAAGCGAACUCGACACCUAAGGGCGCUGUCCGAUGGCAUUCAUGUCACACGACGAUUACAGAAGAAGCCAUCGUCGCAGCAAAUCCUUCAACGGCAGAGCGAUCCUGUACCAGUACCAACUUCAAUGCUCACACCUGUGACAAUCCUUGGACCAGAGCGCAUUGUCGAUAUACAGCGGGCGGACCUGUUGGUGCGGUGCCGAGAUGACGAUUAUCAUGUUGACCGCUCGAUUAUGUGUCAUCACAGCCAGUGGUUCGCCAAGGUAUACUCCAAAGUGAAUUAUCCGAAGAUGGCGAAACGCAUUGUAGAUCUGAGUGCUGACGAUCCAGGUGCUGUUGCGGCAAUGAUUCAAUACUGCUAUCAGCUGGACUAUGGAGACACUCGAUCUGACUCCAACUCUGCGCUCUACAGACUAGUAGCUCUACGGCCACAUCUCGACACGUAUCUGUUGGCGGAGCGAUACGGCAUGCCUGGUUUGCAGAAGCUUGCGACACAGAAAUUUGAGAAGCUAGCUGUGGCGGUCCUGACGGCUGUGGGUGACGAGGAAGAGUUUGUUCAAGCCGUCCGAGAUCUAUAUGCGCCUUCACGAAGGACAAGAGCAGAUGAGCUGCGGCGCACAGCAGUGAAACUUUGCGCAGAUCAUUUGGGCAGUGCUGUAUUGGGCAUCGGAAAAGAGGUAUCAGGUAUUGUGGCUUUGAUGGAUGAAGUUCUUGAGUUCAGAUCGGACCUUUUUGAGGAACUUGCAAAACGGUGGAAGUGA